AUGAAUAACCCGCCCAUGGCUAAAACCCUCCUGUCCGCUGCCUCGUCCUCUGUCACCCUGACGUCCGUCCUUCAGCCUCCUCUCAGUCCGUCCUGUUGUCUCUAUGACUGCGGUGGUGUUACAGCGCCCCCAUCAGGACAAGUCAUAGUUUCAGAGGUUACCGUGACAACGAGACCUCACAUCUACUACUGCCGCUCACCCAGCAUGGAGGACUUCACCUGCUGGUGGCAUCCGCUUGCCAAUGCCACGGGGGAUGUCACCUACAUCCUGACCUACUCCAAAGAUCAGGGGCCCAAACGCGAAUGUCCAAACUACGUGACCUUUGGCCCCAACAGCUGCCACUUUGACCGUAGUCACACGUCCAUCUGGAUGAUCUACUGCAUGAAUGUGACCGCUGUCACCGCUGCCACCAGCUACACGUCGCAGCAGCACUGCCUGGACGUGGCUGAUAUUGUGCAGACGGAAGCGCCCGUUAAUCUCAACUACAUCCUGUCUGACGCUGGCGGCGAUGAGACAGGCCACAAGGUUCUGCUGUCCUGGACCUACCCCGAACCUUCAGACCUGCAGUACGGCUGGAUCACGCUGGUCUACGAGCUCCAGUAUCGGCGAGUCAUAGAACCCAACAGCUGGAAGGUGAAAGAGGGUCUGCGUGAGCCCCACGUAGAGCUGCUGGGUCUCCCCGCCGGCGACUACGUGGUCCGUGUCCGGUGCCGGUCUCAUAACUACGGCCUGUGGAGCCACUGGAGCAUCGCGCUGCUCAUGAGCAUCCCGGGCGAGCCGGCUGCAGGUAAAGUUCUGGUUCUGGUGUCGAGUGUCAGUGUUGUGGUUCCGCUGGUCGCCGUCUUCAUAAUCGUCCUGCAGCGCAAAAGAAUAAAAGAAUGCAUCCUGCCGCCAAUUCCAAAGCCGAGGAUUAUGGGUAUUGACUCGCUGCUUCUGAAGAAGGGGAAGUUGGAUGAAAUCAACGAUCACUUCUGUAACUUCCACAGCUACAGACCGCCGAGUUUCACUGCCGAGGUCUGGCACCACGUCAGCAGUCGUCCCGUCACACCAAAGCCCGGUGGCGCCUCGUCUGAGCCGACAGAUAGGGACGAGGACGUCUCACACAUCUCAGCGGCUCCAGAUGACGUACAUCACUACUUUAUAACUCAGGACCCAGCAUCAUACGUCACAAGUCCCGCCCCCAGCUGCUGUGUCACCGCAUCAGUGACCGUGCCGCCCCCAGCGCUGAAGCCAGACUCUGUGUCGUGGACACAUCUUGGUGUCCCCACCAGCCGCUCGCUACAGGGUUUCUACACCUGCGUCCAACAUCUGAAGGAACUUGCCGAGGUCCAACUGGUGCCAUCUUUGCUGCUGUCCUACAGACGGGACGUACCACUUCAUCUCAGCAGGCAUGAGGAGGAGACAAAGCUCGCCGAGUACACAGCGUGGGAGAAGGCAAUGACUGGGCCAGAGGUGCUGAAAGACAGCGGCAAGGCAGGAAGAAGCGACGUAGACCUUCUGCUGCUGCCCGCUAACGAGCUGAACAGUGACACCAUGAAGUAACAGCGUC